GGGAAAGUAUGUCGGUACGUCUACCAUUUCCAAGCGAGAAGUGACCGCUCGCCGUUGGAGACGGAACGCAUUCACGUUUAGUGAUUUCUUUCGCGAAAAUAUCCGCGCUUGCGCACAACAGGAAAGCGGGUUCGUGUUUAUGACAACGUUGUUGAAGGACGUCCACUAUGGAAUGUCUGUAUUUUUACUUAAAGUUGCAUAUUCGUACAGUGUAGACAGCUAUGUACGCUGAAAUACUUGGACGCAACUAAAUAACAACGAUAACAAGGGUUAGCAGAAGGUGAAAGUCGCUGUGAGCGAGGGACUCUUCUCCGCGUCGGAGGCGCGCGCAGAAACCUGUAUUCGUGCGGCGGCGUGCGGGCGGAGCCCAUUGUUGUUGUGGUUGGUGUGUGUGUGUGCGUGCUGCCCGUGGAUUUAUACCAAGAUGUCGUCUCAACCCAACCGGGAUGUUAUAGAACAAAAGGGACCUAAUCACAUAGUUCGAAUUCGAAGCGACAGUGACAUCAACCUUGACGACUUGUUCAAGGCAGUGAUGCAGCCCAGCAAUCGAGUUCCUCUGAGCGUUCCCAUGCGACUGCGAAACCUGCCGGCCUCCUUCUUCCAGCAACCGGAGCGAUCAAAGUCCGCCUCGCACAGCCGCGAGUCGAGCAGCGAUGCUACGUUCCCGGACACUGCUGGACCCCCUCUAGCCAUCAACCAUCCGAGAGCUCACUCGUCACCUGCGUCUUUACAGCAAACGUACAGCAGCCCCCAGCAACAGCACCUCCGACAACGCAGCUACGACCUAGCCGACGAAGCUUCCCUACCGCCAGGAUGGGAAAUGGCCAAGACGGCCACUGGACAACGAUACUUUCUCAAUCACCUGACCCAAACCACGACGUGGGAGGACCCUCGCAAGAAGACCCCCGGUGGCAGCAAGCAGCAGACGCCACCCCCUCCUCCCCACACUGCCGCCCCUGUUUUGCCCAACUUCAAGAACCUGGGCCCCCUCCCUGAUGGCUGGGAACAGGCGACCACUUCUGAAGGGGAGGUCUACUUCAUCAACCACAUUGAACGAACCACAAGCUGGUUCGACCCUCGGAUACCCAUCCACCUCCAGAAACCAUCCCUUCAAGGCACAUCAGCUCAGCCAUCUGAGGGGAAUGCAGACAUCUCGGCCGUGGUGGCGGCCACCAGCUCACUCACAAUACAGCAGCAGCGACAGCAAAAAUUGCGUCUUCAGCAGCUCCAGAGGGAGAGGGAACGGCUCAAACUCCGCCAACAGGAGAUCCUCAGACAGACGGCAUUCCUCGGAAACCCUGCACGUAAUGAAAUGCUGCUACGACGUACCCUGACCGAAGAGAUUCUAUCCAACCCGACGUCCCCCAGCGACCCAUUUCUCGGUGGGGACUUCCACACCCGGCAAGAGAGCGCCGACAGUGGUUUGGGUCUGGGGCCAUCCUUGCCACCUGAGGACUUCCUCUCCACCAUGGAUGACAGUACAAUGGAUGGGCUCAAUGACGAUGCAAGCCAGCGGGACAUCAGCCUAGAAAGCUUACAGGGUACCGGUCUUGAUCUGGGAGCUGAAAACAUGGACUCGGAUGAUCUUGUUCCAAGUUUACAAGAGGAACUUCAAGGAGACCUUCUCUCCGACAUGGAAGCCCUGCUCACUUCCAGCAAGGACAGCGUAUUGACUUGGCUCUGAGGCUCUCUCUGUACAGUGUUCACCGUCUGAUUCCGUCCGAAGGCUUUGGAAAGAGAGGAUGGUGCCAAAGUCACAACCGUGCCUUUCUCUGUGCCUUACAUUUUAAAAUCCUCUUGUUGACCGUGCCUUAAUCCUGAUCAAAAGUGUUUUACUAACUUGUUGUACACGCUUUUUGUAGUCUAAUGAAUUUGCAUCUCCCGACUGAUAAAAAAAAGAACUUCUGCCGGUUGUGAAGACUCGAUAUACAAGUUUUAACGUUGAAAUUUUUUACACUCAUAAUGAAGGUUGGUGUUUGUUAAUGGCAGUCGGCUGCGUAUAUGCAUGCUGAAAGCUUUGCAUGGAGGGAGUGUCUUUCUCUAAUAUGUUGUCCAUUCCAUCCCUUUAUUUUACAAAAUGUGCCUUGCCCAGGGUUCUGCUUGCCCGAGAGUACUUCGCAUGUUGUUUGCUGUCCAGCAAAAUUUUUUUUAAAUGUUUAUAUCAGUUGUGUCGUUACUGCUGCGGUAGUAGUGAAGUAUAUUCUAAAGGGUUAAAUAUCCAUCAGUAUUCACGUUUUGGAAUCAAAGUUUCAUGCACAUGUAUCACAUAUAGCUGCUUUUUUCCUACGAUGUCAUAACAAACAUAACAAAGAUGUCAUAACAAAGUGUUCAUUCAAGUUUAACCGAGUUGUGUAACACUGCGCAUAAAUCAUCAAGUGCAUUAUCAUAGCAGAAACUCUCCCUUUUUUUAUCUCUCGUGGAAGGCGUCUGUCUUUUUUUUUCACGCUGAGCCCCGUUAAUUGCGUGGCACCUGUCGAAGAACGAGCAAUGUAAACGUGUACAUUUACGAGUGCCAAAAAGGAGCUGCACGACUUGUGCCUGAAAACUAUUUUUGAACAUAUUUCAUACUGUGUAUAUAUUGACUAUUUCCACUGCAUAGUGCCUUUCAUAUACUGUUGACACAACUGUGUAGUUGUUACUUGACUACACUGCAAUGUGCAUUCUUGUUUCGACACUGCAAUGGCUUCCCUGUUCAUGACCCAAGGUGAACAUUUGGUUUGCAAGCUCAUUGAAGUCACAUGUUUCACAAGUAACAUUUACUAUGUCCAUUGAGGAAACCGUCAAAUUGUUUGUACUGAAACAAAGGCAGUUUAUUAUGUGGUGCGCAGCUGGAGCUUGCUGACUGUAAUGCAGCUCCAAUCAUGUCAAUAAAAAUUUUUUUUGUUCGA